AUGUGUUUCAGAAGCUACGUACGCCUUGGUGAAUACGAUUUGAGCACUGAUACAGAAACUCAGCAUCAGGAUAUAAGUGUUUUGAAGCAAGAAAGACAUCCGAAUUAUAACACCGCUAAUGGACGUAAUGAUAUCGGUAUAGUCUGGCUGCAGCGUAACGUACAAUUCAUUGAUAAUAUUAAACCCAUUUGCUUGCCCAGCUCACAGCAGUUGCGUAGCAAAUCCUAUCUAAAUUAUACACCCUUCGUAGCCGGAUGGGGCAAAAUCAUGGAAGGUGGCACCGCUGCGAAUGUUCUGCAGGAGCUUCAAAUACCCGUACUCGCUAAUGAAGUUUGCCGUGACAGUUAUCAGCGUGCGAAGCGUUUAAUAACAGCCGAUCAAUUCGACACUGGCGUGAUAUGCGCUGGCGUGCUAUCUGGCGGCAAGGAUACCUGCCAAGGCGACUCUGGUGGACCGCUGAUGAUACCGGAAACCGUUGGUGGCAACAUACAAUUCUAUCUGAUUGGCGUCGUCUCGUACGGUGUGGGCUGUGCGCGUCCAGAAAUUCCCGGCGUUUACAUGAGUGUACAGUAUUUUGUGGAUUGGAUUUUAGCGAAAAUUGCUACUUAG